AUGAAGGAAGUAGUGGUUGAUGUGGCUCCUAAAUGUAUUAAAGGUUUAGAUUUCAGUGCUUUAUCUGCUAAAGAUAUUGUUGCUCAAUCAGAAGUUGAAAUUGUUACCAGAGAUUUAUAUGAUUUAGAAAAAGGUAGAACUCCAAAAGAAUCAGGGGCAUUAGAUACAAGAAUGGGUAUUUCUUCAAAUUCACAAGAAUGUUCUACUUGUCAUGGAAAUUUAGCAUCUUGUCAUGGUCAUUUUGGUCAUAUACGAUUAGCAUUACCUGUUUUUCAUGUUGGUUAUUUUAAAUCAAUUAUAACUAUAUUACAAUGUAUUUGUAAGAAUUGUGCAAGUUUAUUAUUAGAUGAACAAGAUAAAAGAGAUUUCCUUAAUGAUUUAAGAAAACCAAUAGAUAAUCUUCGAAGAAUGAGAAUAUUAAAGAAAGUCCUAGAACAAUGUAAAAAACAAAGAAGAUGUUUAAAAUGUUCUCACGUUAACGGUGUUGUUAAAAAAGCUGCAAGUGGUGCAGGUCCAGCUGCUUUAAAAAUUGUCCAUGAUACUUUUAGAUGGAUUGGUAAAAAAGAUACACCUGAAAAAGAUUUAUGGGAUCAAGAAUUAAAUCAAGUAUUUAUAAGAAAUCCAGAAUUGGAAAAAUUUGCUAAAAGAGUCCAAGAUGAUUUAAAUCCUUUGAAAACUUUAAAUUUAUUUAAACAAAUUACUCCUUCAGAUUGUGAAUUAUUAGGUAUAGAUCCUGCAAAAGGUGGUAGACCAGAAAUGUAUAUAUGGAGAUAUUUACCUGCUCCUCCAGUUUGUAUUAGACCGUCAGUUAUGAUGGAUUCUCAAAGUAAUGAAGAUGAUUUAACUGUUAAAUUAACUGAAAUUGUUUGGACUUCUUCAAUGAUUAAAGCAGGUAUAAUGAAAGGUAUAUCAAUUAAUAAUUUAAUGGAACAAUGGGAUUAUUUACAAUUAUCAGUUGCAAUGUAUAUAAAUUCAGAUUCUGCAAAUCCUGCUUUAAUGCCAUCGGCAGGUUCGGGAGGUGCAAAAUCAUCAAAACCAAUUAGAGGAUUUUGUCAAAGAUUGAAAGGUAAACAAGGUAGAUUUAGAGGUAAUUUAUCGGGUAAAAGAGUUGAUUUUUCUGGUAGAACAGUUAUUUCACCCGAUCCAAAUUUAAAAAUUGAUGAAGUUGCCGUACCUGAUAGAGUUGCAAAAGUUUUAACAUAUCCAGAAAAAUGUACAAGAUAUAAUAAAAGAAAAUUACAACAAUUGAUUGUAAAUGGACCUGAUGAACAUCCUGGUGCAAAUUAUGUUGCAAAACAAAAUGAAGCAGGUAAAAGAAAUUUAAGAUUUGGUGAUCGUGUUAAAUUAGCUAAAACUUUACAAAUUGGAGAUAUUGUUGAACGUCAUAUCGAAGAUGGUGAUGUUGUUUUAUUUAAUAGACAACCUUCAUUACAUAGAUUAUCAAUUUUAUCACAUUAUGCUAAAGUUCGACCUUGGAGAACAUUUAGAUUAAAUGAAUGUGUUUGUACACCUUAUAAUGCUGAUUUUGAUGGUGAUGAAAUGAAUUUACACGUUCCACAAACUGAAGAAGCAAGAGCUGAAGCUAUUAAUUUAAUGGGUGUUAAAAAUAAUUUAUUAACACCAAAAUCUGGUGAGCCAAUUAUUGCAGCCACACAAGAUUUUAUAACUGGUUCAUAUUUAAUAUCUCAUAAAGAUUCAUUUUUUGAUAGAGGUACAUUAUCACAAUUAUUAUGUAUGAUGUCAGAUGCUGAUAUUCAAUUUGAUAUACCUCCACCAACAAUUUUUAAACCAGUUAUGCUUUGGACUGGUAAACAAGUAUUUUCAUUAUUAAUUAAACCAAAUAAAAAAUCUAAAGUUAUUAUAAAUUUAGAUGCUAAAAAUAAAACAUUUAUACCACCAGCACCAGGUUUACCAAAUGAAAUGUCACCAAAUGAUUCAUGGGUUGUUAUACGAGGUUCAAAUAUUUUAAGUGGAUUAAUGGAUAAAGCAACUUUAGGUGAUGGUAAAAAAGAUUCUGUAUUUUACGUUAUACUUCGAGAUUAUGGACCACAAGAAGCAGCUGCAGCAAUGAAUAGAAUGGCAAAAUUAUGUGCAAGAUAUUUAGGUAAUCGUGGUUUUUCAAUUGGUAUUAAUGAUGUUACACCAGGUUUUGAAUUAAGACAAAAGAAAGAAUUAAUUGUUGAACAAGCUUAUUUAAAAUGUGAUCAAUUAAUUGAUUUAUAUUAUAGAGGUAAAUUAGAAACACAACCUGGUUGUAAUGAAGAACAAACUUUAGAAGUAAAAAUUUCUGGUUUAUUAUCAAAAGUUAGAGAAGAAGCUGGUGACGUUUGUAUUAGAGAAUUAGAUUCAUUAAAUGCACCAUUAAUUAUGGCUACUUGUGGUUCAAAAGGUUCUACUUUAAAUGUUUCACAGAUGGUGGCUGUUGUUGGUCAACAAAUUAUUUCUGGUAAGCGUGUUCCUGAUGGUUUUCAAGAUAGAUCAUUACCACAUUUUACAAAAAAUUCAAAAACUCCACAGUCAAAAGGUUUUGUACGUAAUUCAUUUUAUUCUGGUUUAACACCACCUGAAUUUUUAUUCCAUGCUAUUUCUGGUAGAGAAGGUUUAGUUGAUACUGCUGUUAAAACUGCUGAAACUGGCUAUAUGUCAAGAAGAUUAAUGAAAUCUUUAGAAGAUUUAUCUUCACAAUAUGAUAAUACAGUUCGAAAUUCUUCAAAUGGUAUUGUUCAAUUUACUUAUGGUGGUGACGGGCUAGAUCCUUUUGAUAUGGAAGGUAAUGCAAAACCAGUUAAUUUUAAUAGACAAUGGGAUCAUGCAUUUAAUUUAACAUUUGAUAAAAAUGAAACAGGAUUAUAUCCAUAUCAAAUUAUGGAUGAAGCAAAUAAAAGAAUAUGUCCAUUAGAAUUUAAAUUGAAAAGAUUUGAUAAUCUUGGUAAUGAAGUUGAAGGUGAAGAAGGUAAAAAAUUAGAAUUUAUAGAUCAAAAAGAUGCUGAAAGAGAAUUUUAUCAAUCAAUUAGAGAUUUUAUAGAGAAAAAAGCAAUUAAAUUAGCAAAAUUAAGAGAAGCAAAAGGUUUAAGAGCAUUCUUUCAACCUCCAAAAGAAGAUGAUUUAUUAAUUGAAGAAGAUGAAAUAGCUGUUAAUGCAGUUAAUCUCUUAUUAAAAAUAUCAACCAAAUCAAUUAAAAUUUUUUUAGAACAAUGUUUAUCUAAAUAUUCAAGAGCUAGAGUAGAACCCGGUACUGCUGUUGGUGCAAUUGGUGCUCAAUCUAUUGGUGAACCAGGUACACAAAUGACUUUAAAAACUUUCCACUUUGCUGGUGUUGCUUCUAUGAAUGUUACAUUAGGUGUUCCUCGUAUUAAAGAAAUUAUCAAUGCAUCAAAAACAAUUUCAACACCAAUCAUAAAUGCUGUAUUAGUUAAUGAUAAUGAAGAAAUUGCUGCAAGAGUUGCAAAAGGUCGUAUUGAAAAAACUAUAUUAGAAGAUGUUGCAUAUUAUAUUGAAGAUGUUUAUAAAGAUAAUUUAGCAUAUUUAUCAGUUAAAAUUGAUUUAGAUACCAUUGAUAAAUUACAAUUGGAGUUAACAAUUGAAAAUAUUGCUGAAGCUAUUGUAGCUGCACCAAAAUUAAAAAUUGCUCAAAGUGAUGUUACAGUUACUGGUAAAGAUAGAAUUAAUGUUUUAUGUAGUAUUAAAGAAUCAAAAACAGAUACUUUAAAAAUAACAGAUACUAAAAAUCAAUUAUUUUUUAGAAUGCAACAUUUAAAAAGAGAAUUACCAGGUAUUCGUAUAAAAGGUUUAGAUGAAAUUUUUAGAGCUGUUAUUAAUAUUAAAGAUGAUGGUAAAAAAGAAUUAUUAGUUGAAGGUUAUGGAUUAAAAGAAGUUAUGAAUACAGAAGGUGUAAUUGGUACAAGAACAACAACAAAUCAUGUCUUGGAAGUUAAUGAAAUUUUAGGUAUUGAGGCUGCAAGAAGUUCAAUUAUUAGAGAAAUUGACUAUACAAUGAGUAAUCAUGGUAUGAGUGUUGAUCCAAGACAUAUUCAAUUAUUAGGUGAUGUUAUGACUUAUAAAGGUGAAGUUUUAGGUAUUACAAGAUUUGGUUUGAGUAAAAUGAGAGAUUCUGUACUACAAUUGGCUUCAUUUGAAAGAACAACCGAUCAUUUAUUUGAAGCUGCAUUUUAUAUGAAGAAUGAUAAAAUUGAAGGUGUUUCAGAAUGUAUUAUAUUAGGUCAAACAAUGCAAGUUGGUACUGGUGCUUUUAAAUUAGUCAAAUCUUCAAAUUAUGAUAAACGUGUAUUAAGAAAGAGACCAAGUUUAUUUGAACAAUGUUGUGCUUAA